AUGGGUAGGCAUAAGAGGUUAUUCAUCACCUCAACUGAUAUCCCUAUUGAUAGUGAGAUUAAUGAUCAAAGUUAUGAGCUUUCUGCAACUGAAGGAGAUCAAUCAGCUGGAACAAAUUAUGGUGAAAUAAGUGUUUGGGAUGUCGGAACUCAAGAAAGGAUGGUGUAUAAACCCUUCAAAGUUUGGGAUUUAUCUUCUUGCUCAAUGUCUUUUCGGACAAUCUUGGAAGAUAAUGCAUCAGGUUGUGUUAAUCGGUGCACAUGGGACCAGAUGGAUCAAUACUUGCACCACCACCACCACUUGACUGCACAAACACCACCGGAAUGCACAACCGCCACUGAAAUCUCCACAACCAUCACCGGAAUGCACAACCAAACACCACUUGUUCCCCUGAAAAAUAACCACAAAACCACCACCUCCUUCACCAUCGCCACCCUCCUGAGGCGGCUAAGGUUUGGUGCAACGAUGGACCACCCACAUUUUCCGGUGCAACGGCCUCAAAUACUCCCUUCUUCAUUCCCCUCCAAUAGUGAAACCUUAUUCUAUCUUCUCAGUUCGAUCGACAACCACAGAUUGAGAAUCAGAAACCAGAUCUGCUACCCUAUCGUCGGGAAUGAGGAUGAUGAUGUAGAUAAAGAUGAAGGGUGUUGGGAGUUCGUUCUAUCUUCUCAGUUCGUUCUUCUUUUUCUGUUCAAUGAGGAUGAUGACGCAGAAGAAGGGUGUUGGCAGGAGUGCAUUUGA